AAUAUAGCACGCGCUUCGUAUAUAUGCUAAUCCUAUGUCUGAAGACUUGUUGGAGUUUCUACGUUCUGGAAUGACACAAAAGGCACGUGCUCUCUUCAACCCAGGCUGCUCGUUGCCGUCAGGAAUCCGUAUUCAGUAUCCGUAUGCUAUCGCCUGAUCGAUGAACUCCUGUGAAUAAUCAGUCUAUUAUCCUUGCUUGCAAUAUGUCCUCACUCAAUGCCUCGCACGAAGCUGUUCCUGCCCCAUCUCAGUCUCAGCUAGCUCUCGCUUUGGCAAUCGUCAAGCUGAAGCCUGCCCAUGUCGAUAUCAAAGAUCACAUCCUCAAGAUCCGCGAACACAUCAAGCAUGGGAGAGAUCCUAUUCGUACGAGUUUCCCAGAGAAGCAUCUUGACAGCGUUGCAUUUUGGCAGCAGGCGUAUGAGAAGUCUGAAGCUACUCAAAGCAAACUCCUCGACCGGAUUUAUGAGCUUGAACAACGUAAUGAGGCGUUGCUGUUGAAGCUUCAGCCCAAAGAGCCCGAGGGGACAAAGGCCCAGGGACAGGGGAAACGGAAGUCAAAAGCUAAUGAGGUUAUCUCUGCGCCUUUGAAAAGAGCGAAGACGCAGAUUCCUACAUCCUGUGGUGAUAUUGCAAGAGACAAGUUCGGCUCUUAUGGUGAUGUAGUUGGUGGGUUUGAGCCAUCAGAAGGCUAUACAGCACCUUUUAUGCGCCAGUUAUAUACGCUGCAGAGCACCUUACAUAAGAAAUCGAGUCGCAGUAGCAUCGUUCUUGCUGCAGCGAGUUUGUGUAAAUCUGCAGAGGAUGUCCUACGUAUGGUCCCUUGUGAGGCGAGUGCGCCAACAGGUCGAACCAAAACGUCCCUCCAAGUGGACAAUCCUCAGCCAGAUGCUAGCUCAGUACUGAAUGGAGUCCAAUAUGCAUAUGUGGCCAUAUACCAGGCGCUAGAUAAGCUUUCGGGUGGCAAUGAAAGGACCCGGGAGACUGGCCAAGUUAUUUAUCAUGCAGUUUCAUUGUUCGAAAGUCUCAUGGAACUUCUGCAGAGGAGCUCGAAGACUAAUGUGGAAGACUCCCUGGAUAAAGGCUCAUCAAAAAGGCAGAAAAAGGUCGCGAAACCAAAGGCAUCGAAAGCUACAGGGAAACACCAAGCGUCAAAUAAGGAGGACGAAGACGGAUUAGCGACUCAUAUAUCGAGUGUUCUCUGCAACAUGAUGUUGCAUCUCAAUCUCUCCAGAAGAGAACAUAAGAGUCUCUUGGAAGGAUAUCUAUUCGUCUUUCUCAACCGCAUAGGAAAGGUUCUGUGUGUCUUCGUCUUCGGAGAUUUGCAGUUGAGACCAGACCUAAGGGCAGAUACUACCAAGCUCCCGCUGCCUGCAGGACUGACCGCCACCAGCCUUGAUGAUACUAAUCUAAAGGCUAUGAAAGGAGAAGCAAAAUAUCUCAUUUCGAUCUUGGAGAGAAUAAUACAUCUCCUUGGCUCAUUAUAUGGAUCGUCUCACUCCAUAAUAGCAAGUAAGGAGGGAGAUACAGCUAACCACGGUCAAUCUCACGGUAUGCCACUUCCUCUGCAAGUAAAGAAGAAGCUACAAAAUACUUUACUCUCUGCAGUAUUUGGAGAUGAACCUCUAUUCAAAGAUUGUUUGAAAAGGCCAGGUUUGCCCGGUAAAGCGGAGCUAGAGAAAUUACUGGCUCGUGAGCCAGUUUCGGACAAGACAGUGCCUGACUGGUUUGUGCAGGAAGUGUGGACAUUACUGGGAUGGGAUAUCCUAAUGAAAAAUGACAAGAACUGAGCAUUUCCACUCCAUAAGUGAUUUGUUUCUGACCGUGUCUUACUCCCGACUGUCGAUCUCACGCGUUGUUCAUUAUACAAAGUAUAUUGCAGCUUUAUAUCGGUAUCAUAUCAUUGACUCCUGGCCUGAAUGAUCCGCAUGCA